AUGGCUAUGACUCCCGAGUUCAAGAAGGGAAGCAGGCUCAGCAAUAUAGAUGAGGAGAAAUCUCUUCACCCAGAGAGCGAUCAAGUAAUUCGAUUACUUCCAAAAACCGAACAACAAGUUGACGCAUUAAAGAGUUUCCAUGAACUGGUCAAGGUGGAUUUCUGGCAACCCAGCAGUAUUCUUUCUGUUAAACCUGGAGUUCUCGUAGAUAUACAUGUGCCCAGAAAUUGGUCUGAAAAAUUCUUUCAGUCACUUCUACAGGCUGGAAUUGAUUUUAAGAUCCUUGUUCCUGAUCUUCAGGGAUUAAUAGAAAUGCAAAGUGGCUCCAGAACUCGCAUGCGGCGCUCAACCCAUCUCUACAGCUACGAAGUCUAUCAUUCUUUAGAAGAGAUUCAAAGUUGGAUGCAUCACAUGAAUCGAUCACAUUCUCAGCUCCUAUAUCUUUUCUCCAUUGGAAAAUCCUUUGAAGGACGAUCUCUUUUUGUUCUUCAGCUUGGCAAGAGAUCAAAACAAUUAAAGAAAGCCGUGUGGAUAGAUUGUGGCAUUCACGCGAGAGAAUGGAUUGGUCCAGCGUUUUGUCAAUGGUUCGUUAAGGAAGCUUUGCAAACAUACCAUAGUGAUCCUUCAAUGCGACGGCUUCUGAAACAACUGUACUUCUACAUCAUGCCAGUGUUUAAUGUAGAUGGAUACCACUAUAGCUGGACAACUGAUCGUUUCUGGAGAAAGACACGUUCUAACAGUACCAAUUUCAACUGCCAUGGAGUUGAUGCCAACCGUAACUGGAAGGUCAAAUGGUCUGGUGAAGGAGCUUCCUUACAUCCUUGUGCUGAUACAUACUGUGGACCUGUUCCAGAGUCUGAGCCAGAAGUAAAGGCUGUUGCAAGAUUCCUGCAUAAACACAAGAAACAAAUUAAAGCAUACAUUUCAUUCCAUGCAUAUUCACAAAUGUUACUAUAUCCAUAUUCCUAUAAGGAUGCAACCAUUCCCAAUUUCAAGUGUGUGGAAUCUGCAGCAUUUAAGGCAGUCAAUGCUCUUUACUCAGUGUAUGGUAUCAAAUACAGACAUGGGCCAGCUUCAAGCAUUUUGUAUGUCACUUCUGGUAGUUCUAUGGACUGGGCCUAUAAACAUGGCAUCCCAUAUGCAUUUGCAUUUGAAUUACGAGACACUGGAUAUUAUGGAUUUCUGUUACCAGAAUCACUCAUAAAACCCACGUGUACAGAAACAACAUUAGCUGUAAAAAAUAUUACAAACCAUAUUCUUAAGAAAUGCCCAUUGAGAUGA